CGUCUGGCGAAGGAGAGCUGAGCUGACAGGGUGGAACGCGAUGCCUGGGCUGUGGGAGCGGCUGGCGGGCAGCGAGCGGGGCCGCCUGGAGACCUCCGACUGCGAGUCGCUGGGCAGUGCCUCCGGCUCGGAGGGAGAUGCUGAAUAUGCUGAAGGGAUCUCUCUGCCGGACCUGGACCUGCUGCAUGACCCUGAGGAUGAAUUGCUGUGUGCCAACCUGAUGGAUCUGGUCCAGGCUACGCUGGGCAGAGCCCCGCUAGGUGCCAAGCGCUGCUCCCGGCUCCUCAUGCCGGCCCAGCUCCUGGCACAGGUGAGAACAGAGCUGCUGCGCCUGGCCUGCAGCGAGCCCUGUGGGCUGCGUGGGGCCCUCCUCGACCUCUGCGUGGAGCACGGCAAGGCCUGCCACGAUGUCGGGCACAUCACUGUGGACCCUGCCGUCGUGCCCACCUUCCAGCUCACCCUGGUGCUCCGGCUGGACUCCCGCCUCUGGCCCAAGAUCCAGGGACUGUUCACCUCCGGGCCAGCUUUCACACCACUGAAGCUGAGCACGGGCUUCAGGGUCAUCAAGAAGAAGCUGUACAGCUCGGAGCAGCUGCUCAUAGAAGAGUGCUGACGGCCAUGCUGGAGGAGAAGCGACUUACCCAAGUGCUUUGGAGGAGCCAGUGUUAGAGCGUGGCGGCUCCUGGCAGCCGCUGUAGUUUAGGCUAGGCUGGAGUAGGGCUGUAGGUGGAAGUAGUUUGGACAGGUGAAGGUCCCACAGGGGUGCCUGUUUUUGUCAGGGGGUGUCCCUGAUGUGGAGCAGACCGUGACUGCAGCAGAGGUCGCUUCACACUGUCGAUGAUUGUGGGAUUAUUGAGGUGACCAAGCUCCUGGUCGUGGCAGCAGGGCUGCUGGGGGGGGCAAAUGGUCUUCUGUUGGCUGAUUAAUCAUGAUUGGGUUUUUUUUGUAACAAGGAUUGUAAUCAAUGAGAUUCUGGGGAGGGGUCGUGUGUGGGAGUGAGCGAUGGCUGGGCUGGAGGCUGGAUCAAAGACAAGCACCCACCACUGGCAGAUCUGUGUGGGCUGCUGGCGGGGGGGGGGGGGAGCAGCGUCUGAAACCACACUGUCUUUGAUCGGGAGAAUGGUGGGAGAGGGGUGUGCAAGGUGACCCAGGGAUGGAGGGCAGGACCCCUUGCCGUGAUGUGCCACGGGCGCUUCGUUGGUUACAGUUUACACUCAUACACUUGAUGUUCAAGUGCAAGACUUCCUAUGCAAUCAUGUUGGGCUGGGUUUUUUUUACUUUUCUAAUAAAACUUGUCUUAAUUGAUAA